AGUGAUGGGACCAAUCAUAUUUUACAUCCAUAUAGCACGUAGCAAAAACCAACACGUCGCGCCAGUUUUGAAAAUGCGACCAAUAUUUCCUUUCAUAAGCAAACUCUUUAUUUUUAUCGUUGGAAUUGCUGCUUUUGCAUCUGAAUCUGUAUUGACAAUGGCGAUUGUCACAGCAAUGCAUGAUGCAGCCCUUUCUUGCAAAUUGACACAUCAUGAACAAAUCAUUGAAGUCACAUGGGAGAAAAUAACAUUGAACUCGACUGAAAACGUGGCAAGUUUCAGCCGUUUCGGUGCGAAAAUCUCGAAGCCUUUCCAAGAUAAUGUGCAAUUUCUGGAGCAUGGGUUGCAUAAGAGCUCACUCCUCAUCAAAGGAAUGCGGAGAGACCACAAAGCUUGCUACAAGUGUACUUUUUAUUCAUUUUCCGAUGAAGCUAUAAGUUCAACUGCCUGCCUGAAAGUCGAAGAGCAUAAAGAGCCGGUGACAGAAGUGAAUGAAACAUUUAGCCGGGAUGACCGUAUUCUGCAUACGCUGUCAUGCUUCGACGGUGCUUCGAAGCAUGAGGGACACAUGCAUAAUGACAGCCCUGUGGGGAGCUCUGUGGGACGCUUUGACCCCAGUUCGGAUCUCUCUGUAUCCGUGAUAAAAGCUUCUGUGGCGGAUGACAAAAAUUUGAUCUGUGUUGUACAUCCCCCUCCCGAGGUCAAGGGAAAGGAUGUCUCCAUGGUAAAAGGUGAGGAACCUCUCAUAUGUGUGGGAUUUCAGACAUGGUAUUGCUUUAUCUUGUCGUAAGCAUGAAGAAUGACCCAAUCGACCAACUCUACUCUCAACUUUAUUUAAAAGUUGUUAGUAUUACUAUUCUUUUGCUUUCAAGGUAAACCACAGACGAUGUUCAUCAGUAACCGUAAGUGCCUGUUUUUUCCCCCUCUUCUCAUCUUCUGUAUUAAUGCACGUGUGUGUUUCUGCUUAGAUGCAUGCUUAAUGGCAAUUUAUUACACCACAUCAAUUCUUUUUCUAAGUUAUAAUAAUUAGUGUCAGAGUGUAAGCACCAAUUUUAUAUUGUCCAAUUGAUUUGUGUAUUGUUACAUGUGCGUGUGUUAUAUAGGUGUAUGCUUUUAGGGGCCAGUGAAGACACUGUUGAAUGCUAUACAGUAUUGUAAUACAGUUGUAAUGUAACUGUACUUGUAAAAGCACACAUUCAUCUGUUCAUCUGUUGACAUUAUGCGUAAAUGCUGAGCAGAAGUAGGGUAUUUUGUGUGUUUAAAUUUCCAGGAAGUGGAAGACUUUCACCUACGGUCGGGUUAGUGAUCCUCGUGACUGCACUGGGAAUAUACAACAGCUGAACUCUAGUGUUAAAAACUUUUUGCCCCUUAAAAAUGACAGGCAGGUCUAUAAUAAUAAUGGAAUGCAUCUCUAUCGCAACUUUUACAAUCUCCAAGAGCCGGUGAACAGGAAUUAUUUCACUAGAAAUGUUAAUAAUUGUUUAUCUUUCCUCGUUCGUCUUUUUCUUUCCUUUUUUUUGUAUAUAUUUGCUUGUUGUGUACACUAUUAAAGAAAAAUAAAUUGUUUAAUUUUGGGCAAAAUAAACGGGUAAUAUUGUAUAUUUGUUAGAAUUGUGCACCCAAUGCAAGCUGGGAUAAGCUCCAACACCCCUGCGACCCUGACCAGAAAUAAGAGGGUAUAGAUAAGGAAUCAUUAAAUCACAUUACAUUACGUUACAUUACAUUAAUGGCAUUUGGUAGAAGCUCUUAUCCAGAAAGACAUACAGUUUAUUCGACGAAGCAGGAGACAGUCCUUCCCUAGAGCAAUGCAAGGUUAAGGGCCUUGCUCAAGGGCUCAACGGCUGUCUGGAUCUUAUUGUGGCUACAGCGGGGAUCAAACCACCGACCUUGCGUGUCCCAGUCAUCUACCUUAACCACGACGCUACAUGCCGCCCUAUCACAUGGAUCUAAGUGACUUUGACCAUGGAAUGAUUGUUGGUGCCAGACAGGGCUGUUUGAGUAUCUCAAACUGCUGAACACUUAGCCCCACUUAGUCUCUCUUGUUCCAUGCUGCUCUUUAGACAUUACUUGAUAAGUUUUCAGUUUUGAAAAUGAGUGUUUGGUUGUGGCGGCAGUCCUUAUAUGGUGAAAUUGAGAAUCAAUGCAGUGCACACAUCGCCAAUUGCACAUGCCAGUAAAAGAACAAAAAACUGCCCUCAUGGCUGUGUUGGCCACUGCCUCUGUUUCCCUUAGCUAUGCUGUCAUAGCCUUAUCCUGCCAGGGUUCUCCUUAUUGCACACAGGCACCUCUCUCUCUCCUGCUGUGAUUGCCCAAUUACCAACUGAACCCCUCUAACAAUGUUAUUUUCCUCUUCUCCCCGCUCUGGGCACCUGCCCGGAGCUCUAGCCCAACUUUUCCUGCGCACCCCUUCCUGACCCGGAGCUCCAGCCCAAGACCAGCUGUGCCUGUCCCCUGGGUGUUCCUGGUGUAAAACCCCACAGCUAACCCAAUGACGGAAUUUAGCGGGGGCCGAAGGGGGUUUUGCGUGAUUGUCCUUCUGGCGUUACUGGGAGAACAUUAGUUGGUCAGGCAACUGAACGUGAUGGACCAAUCAUAGUUCAAAGCAGGCCAAAGCAGAUCGCCCCGCCAAUCCCGCCCUUCGCUCCGCCCCUGUGGUACUUUUAUUGAUUUCAGUGACGGCCAAGACUGCACGUGGGCGCCAUUUCACGUCGAGGGACUGAGGCCUGCUGCAAGCAUGCUGUUAAAAGUAAAACUGGGAGAUGUCCAAAAGUUUGUUCGGAUUACAGAACCAAAUCUGACGGAGUUUCUGAGUGCAGCAUUUGCAAAGUUUGGUGUCCCAGCUGUAACAGAAGGUGUGAAAGUUGUUGACAGUUCAGGGACCGAGUUGGAUGACGAUGUUUUUGAGGAUAUAGCAAGAGAUGCAUCCACUGGGGUGCUAACCAUCAAAUAUGACACAGAGUCUGUCUCCACGCUAGCCUCAUCUGAGCGGUCCCAACCAUCAUCCCUCGAUUCGUCGGGCUCACAGGAUACUGUCAUCAUUUCAGAGAGCCCUUCCAGAAAACGCCAGAGGCUGGAUACAGAAGCUAAGCAAGUCAACGCGUAAACAGGAAGUAAGGUCAUGCAUCACGAGCAGAGGUCUGCACUCUCCGAGCUAUCUAUCUAUCGCAACGCCACGGCAAAACCUUACCAGCGGAAACGCUGGCCUACAUUUCACAGGAGAGCAUUCUGAGACCGUUGGUGGAAUCCAUUCUUUCCAAGAAACCUGGUGGAGAACGCAUAAUAAAUGAAUACCAUCGAACCAAGUCCUUGCAGGAUGACAACAGAAGGAAAAUGGUGAACAUAUUGGCAGCUGACUUGACAGAGAAGAAUGGUACUUCACCACCCAGACAGCUGAAAGAAAAGUAUGCCAGAGGAAUCGUGACCUUAUUCCCCUACCUCAGUGACCCACACUCUAAGAAUGGCUAUGAGCAUUAUUAUGAUGGCGAGAGUGGCAGUGGGUACUUGGCCUGGAGGAUUAAAACUAUUCAGAGAAGCGCUGCUAAAGACAGACGAUCAUCAUUUGGAGAAUCCUGUGGAGGACCAUCUCAUGGAGGAGGACCAACUGCCAGACGAGAUUCCCAUGUUGUUCCAGAGACUGCCCUGAGCGAAGAGGAGUGCAAGGAAGCGAUCUCACUAAUGAAACAUUCAGCUGAUGAGGACACAGUGAAGAACAAGAUGAAACUGACAUUUGACUAUAGGCGCAAGAAGGUCCUCGACCCCCAGCAGUCAAGCAGCAUACUAUCUGACUUUCCACGUUUCCAAGACGUCAAGGGCUUGGUUGAACAGGAUUUCGUUCUGAUGUUUGGAGAGGGUGUAUCAGGCAAGCUUCUGGAAAGGUGGCCGACCACAUACAAGAAAAAGAUCAUCCAACAAUGCAGACAGCUUCCAUCCACCAGUGAGCUUGAAGAGCUCCUGCUGGCAGCUGAUCCUCCUGAGGAUGACACUGAAGUGGAUGCUGACGUUGGUUGGGACAGUGACCUCUCAUCGGUUUUACUGCUGUUGCACCUGAUUCCACCCUCUGCUCAGGGUCGGAAGAGACCAGGGAAGGUGUCAGCGUCCCAAGCAGAGAAGCAUCCUGUGGUCUUCAAGAAGACUGGAACAAGCAUCCAAGGGUAUCUUGAUGCCAUCACUACCAGCAUUCAACCCUAUCUCCUGGCUGUUGGAGUGAAGAAGAAUGCGAUCCACCAGUUCUACAUCGUUCUCGAGAAGAAGGCCAUACCUUGCAAGUCAAUCUCUUCUCUUGGUGCUUUUGAUGAACUCUUUAAGGCACAUUAUGUGUUUGGCACAGCAUACAACACCAUGCUUCGCAACAUGUACACGUUCCUCCAGACCACUGUGUACAGUAUUGAUGUUGGGAUUGUCAAGGAGAGUCCUCAUGUUGCUGAAGUUAGGGCGAGGUUGCUUCAUUAGUGCAUGAGGUUUCUCCUCCACCAUGAAGUGUUUUGAUUGUCAGAAGGAGUUAAGUUGUUCAAAUAUGCUUGUUAGGCAUUUGCGAUUAGUUCACGGUUACUUGCCAGGAAAAAAUCUUCGCCUUAAAUGUGUUCAGACUGGAUGUGGCUAUAUGUUUGGUACGUUUUCUGGUUUUAGGAAACAUUUAAACACCAAACACACUGAGUAUAUUGACCAAGAGGUUGACACUGAUGUUAAUGUAAACAGUGUAGGAGAGGCGGUGAUAGCUAAUGUAGAUGAGACCGCCACAACAUCUGAUGUCGAUGUGACGGCCACAUGUGAACUGGUCAGAAACUCCAAUAGGAGCACUCUAGAUAUGUGUGCCACUGCUGUCGCACAACUCAAGGCUGCUGGAUUAAGUCAGUCUACUGUAAAUAGUUUUGUCUCAACCAUGGAAGAAGUGGUUUCCAAGAUUCAUAGUCAGGCUAAAGAUGCAGCUCUACAGUGCUUAUCUCCACAGGACACAGAAAAUAAGAACAGCAUAGAACAGUCAUUCCAAAAGUUGGAAAACCCAUUCACACCCUUAAAUUCAGAGGCUAAAAGAAACAAACACUUCACAGAGAAAUGGGGAAAAGUUGAACCCAUUGAAAAGGUGCUUGGCACAAGAUUUGACAGCAGAAGAAACAAAACUACUGGGACAUAUGACCAGGUCAUUGUAACUGAUAAGUUUGCAUAUAUUCCCAUUUUGGAAACACUGAAGAGCAUUUUUCAAAACCCAGAACUUGCAGACAUGUUAAAGCCCAGGCACAUGACCAAGGAAGGUGUGUAUGCAGACUUGAGAGAUGCCACCUAUUUUAAAGAAAGUCCCCUGUUUUCUGUAGAAAAAGAUUCCUUACAAAUUCAGCUUUUUUAUGAUGACUUUGAAACUGCAAAUCCAUUGGGCUCUAAAAAGGGUAUACAUAAAUUAGGUGCUAUAUAUUUUACAUUAAGAAAUUUUCCCCCAAUCUAUAAUUCCUCUUUGAUUAAUAUUCAUUUGUGUGCUCUUUUCCAUGCACAGGACAUUAAGCGUUAUGAUUUUAAUUUGAUACUUGAGCCACUUGUCAAUGAUCUGAAAGUACUGGAGACAGAGGGACUUAAAAUUCCCAUGUUUAGACACGUGAUUCGUGGUACCAUAGUUCAGGUCACCGGGGAUAACCUUGGCUUGCAUGGUCUGUUUGGGUUUGUGGAGUCAUUUGGGGCUCGGUAUUGCUGUCGUUUCUGUCUCCUUGAGAAAGCUCGUUUUCAGACUGUAUUCUGUGAAGAUGAUCCGGAUGUUGUACUAAGAACUGUUGAGAUGCACGCACAACACUGUCAAACUAUACAGACAGAUCCUACGCUACCUCAUAUAUAUGGUGUGAAACGCAGUUGUCUGUUGAAUUCACUUCAGUAUUUCAACACAGCCACCAACUUCUCUGUAGAUAUCAUGCAUGAUAUUUUAGAGGGGGUUGCUCAGUUUGAGGUGAAACUUGUUCUCCGGUACAUUCUUCAGGAGAAACUUCUAAAUGCUGAACAACUGGCUGGCAGAAUACAUGCUUUUGACUAUGGUUACAAUCAGCAGCGAAACCGUCCUCCAAGAGUCAAGUUGUUGGAUGGAAGUAAUGAUUUGGGGUUGAAUGCCACACAGUCUUGGUGCUUGUUGCGCAAUAUGCCUCUGCUAUUUGGUGAUUUAAUACAGACAGAUGAUAAGUACUGGCAUCUUCUGCUUUUGCUUCUACAGAUUGUUAACAUUGUAUUUUCACCAGUCCUGUCAGAUGGCAUGACCAUUUAUCUCAAACAUUUAAUCACUGAUCAUCAUCGGCUCUUCAAGCAGUUAUUUCCUACAAUCAACCUAUUGCCAAAGCAUCACUUCAUGAUACAUUACCCUCGUAAUAUAAGGAACAUCGGCCCAAUUCUGCACAUGUGGUGCAUGCGUUAUGAAGCUAAACAUAACUUCUUUAAGAGACAAUUAAAAAGCUUUAAAAACAUUACAAAGACAUUAGCCAAAAAGCACCAAAGUUGUAUGGCAAUGUAUCAGGAGUCCUUUACCAAGGAAAGAUUAACCUUAGGUCCAGGAAAGAUGGUGGCACUUGUUGAGCUCAAAGAAGGUCCAGAGAUUGCUUCCAUAUUUGGAGAUGUAACCAGUGUUUUUUCUGCCAAGUGGAUAAAACAUCAUGGUACAGAGUACCGCUGUGACUUGAUUAUCUGUACUGAGGUAGCAUUUGAGAUGCCUGUGUUUUGUAAGAUCAAGACUAUUGCUGUGAAAGAUGACAGUGUAUUGCUCUGUGGAAAACUGAUGGAAACCAUGUGUUUUGAUGACCAUUACCAUGCCUUUAAGGUCAGACUGCAUCCAGACAGAGUUGUAAAGGUGUUGGAUAUAAAUCAGCUGUGUUACUUCAAACCAUUUGAUGUUCAAAUGAAGUAUGGAACGACAGAUUUCUCAAACUACAUUGUUCCAUAUUGCCACUUUAUGCAGACCUGCUGAGGUCAAUGUUGUUGUUUUUUAUGAGAUGUUUUAUUAUUUUUUUAGGCCUGACCUAAAAAUAAAAUUGUUGAAUUCA